AUGACUAUUGAUAAAGAAGUCAAUUAUGUUGCUGGCUCUGAUGCUUCCUUUUCCAUGGCCAAAAAUAAGUCUCAAAAUAGUCCCCCAACGCCUACAACAAACCAACCACAAACUAUUGAGUUGGACAAACAAGAAGGUGACAAUGUUCAACACAAAAAGAAAAGGAAAGUUGGAGAAGCGGAUGAGUCUAAAGCUGAUGAUUCUAAUGCUGGAGAUUCAGGUAAACAAAAACCUUGUAGGCCUAAAUCUUGGGUUUGGGAUCAUUUUACAAGAGAUGAAUGGGUACUCGGGCUAAAUGUAAUUGGUGCAUGA